GCCAUAUCAACCCGUCGGUGCUUCCCAGAGCCCUGCAGGUCGGAACCGAGCACCCUCGGCGACGCUGUCAACUCGAUCAUCGCUGCUGCGACGAAUUUGCAUCCACGUCCAAGAACAGCUCGCCUCACCCUUUAGAUCGGCCGUGUCCCGACGCCAUCGACCCCCAUGAGAGCCCGACUGGUGAUCCAGAUGCUGAGCAUCCUGUUGGUCAGCAUGUGCACGGUGCUUAUCGUGCGCAUCUACCGCCUUCCGUCAAGAUCGCUGGCACCAAGGGCAGCGCCGCCCGUUCGCCGAAACGAGGUUCGGCUGCCCAACCUGCACCAAUGGCAGUACUCAAACAACCCCUACGUCGGCAAGGUCCAUGCUGUCGAGGAAUUUGCGGCAUUCCAGAUCGAGGCGAAUCCGGCCAUGUCUCGGCCAACAAGCAGCGACCUUCCCAGGGUGCUGAUCCUGAGCCUGGCCUUCAAUCGCCUGUCGUUUGGCGGAGGCGAUCGAUCGCUUGCAGAUUUCUUGGACAUGAUCCAAAGCCUGGACUAUCCCAAGGAACUCCUCAGCCUCGGCAUCCUGAUCUCGAGCCAGCGGGACUUUGACCGGCUCAUGCCCAUCGUGUCCUCGUUUGUGCAGACACAGGGACUACAGCGGGGGAGCCUCUUUCUCAGAGAGGCCGACCGUUCGGGCUCGAUUCGGGACCAUCGUGGACGAUCGGGCCAGACCCAACGCCGAAGCCACAUCGCGAAGCUGCGGAACGAGCUUCUCUUCCGGAGUCUUGACAACGAAGAUGCAGUCCUAUGGAUAGACUCGGACAUUAUCGAUGUCCCCCACGAUAUGCUCAAGAAGUUUGUCGUCUCGGGCUUGGACAUCAUCACGCCGUUUUGCCGCAAGGGGACAGUCGGCCUGAGAAACCACGACCUGAAUGCUUGGUCUGGCAAGAGGACUCGGCCGAGCCCCGAGCAACUCAGGGCGAUCCACAGCGGCGAGCCGACGGACUAUGUUCCAAGGCACAGCAACUCCCACCUUGUGAACAAUAUGUAUGACGAUGGGCUCGAGAGAGCGCCGCUCGAUUCGGUGGGCGGGACGGUUCUGUAUGUCAAGGCCAAAGUCCAUCGGGCCGGGGUGAUCUUCCCGCCAUUCCAUUUGAUCGGGACCGACUGGGACUCGGAGGAUGGCGGAUACGACGGAAUCGAAACCGAGGGGGUAUGCUACAUGGCCCGAACGGUUGGGUAUCGCUGCUGGGCGAUGCCGCAAGUGAUCGUAUCCCAUGGGUGAUGGAUGCCGUGGACGAUCACAUCCCAUGCGCGAUUGAAGCGGCCUUGGGCUGCAUCGUGUUGCAUAGACUUGCUGCAGAAGAAUGGAACAUGGAUUUCCUUGGACAGCGGCGAGAGGAUGCUGCCUUGGCUGCGCCGAUGCCGAGCAGGGCGAGUCAUGCCGAUCGACCGGAUUGCAAUGCAGAUCGACGGCCGCGGCAACGGGGCGGUGACGCACCAGCUGCCCCAUUCGACUAGGUCCAUGGACGAGGCUGAGGGAAACCCUCGCAGACCAGACGGCGGGAAC